AUGUCGACAUCAUCAUGGUCUACUCUUAGUGAAGAACUCCUGGAGUCGAUUUUCAAUCGGUUCGAAGACAGCAGAGAUGUUUUUCGAUGUGGGUCUGUAUGCGUUUCAUGGCGAGCAGUCGCUCUUAAGAUGUCUAGUAAGUUGAUUCCUUGCCUAUUGUCUUCACGAGGGAACGACGACACACACACUCUAUUCAAUAUCCAAACAAUGAAAACACAACAAAUUCAAAUCCCAGAUUAUAAUAUACACUGCUCCACCAAUUAUGGUUGGCUCGUAGCUACUAUUGAUCAAAGAAGCUGCGGAAUUCUAUCUCUUCCGCGUAAAAAAGUUUAUCUGUUGAAUAUUUUUUCAAAAGCCAAAGUCAUACUUCCUCCAAGCCGUGGUCGAAUAUAUAAAGCUGUUACGUCUACAUGUCCAUUGAAUCCAGAGUGUUUGGUUCUUGUUACAUACCUAUGGCCAUCUGACAACUGGUUUGAAUUAGCUUUUUGUAAGGUUGGAGACGAAAACUGGACGACAUUGGAUAGAAGCUAUUCUGUGACUGAACUCAAAUGUUAUUUUCUUAGUAUUACCUGGUACAAGGGAAAAUUCUAUGGUAUAGAUGAGGAGAAACGCCUUUUUGUAUGCAAUUUAGGUUCGAGGACGAUAGAACUGUUCUGCAAGGAACCUUUGAUCCCAAGGUUUAACUACUGUGCAACGUACUUGGUGGAGUCGUUGUUUGGUGAACUUUUGUUGGUUUUCGAGAAUCUUUAUCGAUGGUCUGAUUUUGAAAUGUAUAAUUUUGAUUUUAGAACAAGGAAGUGGUACAUGGUGAAAAGAUUGAGGAACCAAGCAUUGUUUUUGUGCAGAGAUGGGUGUGCACUAGUCUAUAUGGGCAACUCCAAUACGGUAAAAAGAGGCUGUAUUAUACAUUCCACGAGUCAUGAUUCUCAUCCUAGAGAGUGUCAUGUGGUGGCAUAUGAUGUGGAAACCAAGAGUGCCGAGUUGAUUCACGAGGCUACAAGAUCCUCAAUUGGUAUUAAUGUGACGAAAGCCGAAUUAAAGUCUGCAGUCGUUGACUGGCUAGUCAAUCCGUACUUCCGCACCGUGUCACAAGAACUUCAGCUCUGGGAUUCUUCAAUGGAUUUCUACUAUGGAUGGUUAUUGACUGUUGAUUUUAAAUUUUUCCGCAUAAGAUGCAUCUAUUCCAACCAGUCUCGAAAACCUCGAUCGACCUUCCAUUGA